GAGGAUGAGCAAAGUUGGGGAGGGACGCGAACUCUAAAUGUAGAAACUGGAAACCAUGGGAAGGUGAGCAGGUAAAGGUAAGUUUGCUGGAAAGAGGAGGUCGAUGCUUUUUUUCAGUUUUUAAUUUUACCCGCAAAAAAGGAAGGAAGAAGAAAGGGAAAGUUUAAACAGAGAAAAAGGCGCUCGGUUGGACAGAAGGGCGUUCGGUGGAUAUUGGGGGUUUGAUUAGACAGUUGUUCUGACUAUUUCCCAUUGAUUUUGUCCUCAAUAUUUCUGGUUGUCUCUGGUGCUUUCUCUCUCUCUCUCUCCCUCUCUCUCUCUCCCUCUGUGGUGAGCCGACGGCGAGGUGGGGGUGUCCCCGGUAGAGAUCCACCUCGGUGUCUGGCUUUUUUGCUCCGUUUGGAAAGGGGGAGGGGGAUCCCGUCGCGUCCCUCACCGUCCUCGCCGGCGAGUUUUGGGCGGGAAGGAGGUGGAGGGGCGGAUCCGCGGCAUCUCCUUUGCCUUACAGGUGCCUAGUGACAGAAAAGGAAAAUGGCCCCAAGCACCAUCAGACAGGCACUGGGAGCUGUGAAAGAUCAGACGAGCAUUGGUCUAGCCAAAGUCUCGAGCAAUAUAUCUCCUGAUCUAGAUGUUGCAAUUAUUAAGGCUACAAGUCAUGAUGAUGAUCCAGCUGAUGAGAAAUAUAUCCGGGAGAUCAUCAGUUUCACUGCAUAUUCAAGGGCAUACGUCAAUGCUUGUGUUUCAACUAUCUCAAAGAGGCUGGGCAAGACCCGUGACUGGAUUGUGGCUCUGAAGGGUCUUAUGCUUGUUCACAGGCUUUUAGUCGAUGGAGAUCCUAGUUUUCAACAGGAAUUCUUGCACGCAACGAGGCGAGGGACUCGUUUGCUCAACAUGUCAGAUUUCAGGGAUGAGGCACAUUCCCAUUCUUGGGAUCAUUCGGCUUUUGUACGGACAUAUGCACUCUAUCUGGACCAGCGACUGGAGUGGUUGUUGUUUGAGAAUAAACGAAGCAAUGCUCGUCAGAAUAGUAGGGAGAGGAGCAAGAGGUCAGAUUACUAUGGAGAAGACUAUGACAAUGGCCAUUCAUAUAAUGAUAGCGGAGAUAGAAGAGAAAGGGCUGAGGAAAGAAGUGCGACUACUCCAUUACGGGAGGUGAAAAUGGAGAGGAUUUUUGCAAGGAUGCAUUAUAUGCAGCAGGUUCUGGACCGCUUCUUAGCCUGUCGUCCAACUGGUGCAGCUAAGAACAGCAGGCUGGUCCUGAUUGCUCUCUACCCAGCAGUAAGGGAGAGCUUUCAGCUCUAUGCUGAUAUUUGUGAAAUUCUAGCCGUCUUACUUGAUCGUUUUUUUGAUAUGGAAUAUCAGGAUUGUGUAAAAGCUUUUGAAGCUUAUAAUAGUGCUGCCAAACAGAUUGAUGAACUUGGUGCUUUCUACAACUGGUGCAAGGACAUAGGGGUUGCAAGAUCAUCUGAAUAUCCUCAUGUACAGAGGAUCACGGAUAAGCUUCUGGAGACAUUGGAGGAAUUUAUGAGAGACAGAUCCCACAGGCCCAAGAGUCCAGAGAGGCCACGUGAGGAGGAACGUGCUCCAGCACAAACACCCCCACCUCCUCAAGAGGAGGAACCUAUUGAAGAGGAUAUGAACAGCAUAAAGGCGCUUCCUGCACCUGCUGAUUUUCAACCGCAACCAGAAGAACCUCCUAAGAAGCAGGAAACAGGGGACUUGCUGAAUCUGGCAGAAGAUGUACCUUCUGCUGAUGAUCAAGGAAAUAGGCUUGCACUAGCUUUAUUCUCUGGGCCACCUGCAAACAAAGAUACAUGGGAAGCAUUUCCUUCUAAUUCAGGACAAGAAGUCACGUCAGCAUGGCAAACUCCUCUUGCAGAGGCUGGGAAGGCUGAUUGGGAAUUGGCAUUGGUGGAGUCGGCCAGCAACCUUUCAAAGCAGAAGGCUACUCUUGCUGGUGGUUUCGAUCCCUUGCUUUUGGAUGGAAUGUAUGAUCAAGGAGCAAGCAGGCAGGUGAUGAGCGCCUAUAUGAGUACUGGUGGCAGUGCAAGCAGUGUGGCCUUGCCCAACCCCGACAAGCUCAAGACGGGGCUACUGGCACUGCCUGCUCCAACAGGCACCCCAGUUGCUGAGGGCCUUCGAGAUCCCUUCGCAGCUUCCUUGACCGUGCCACCACCAUCUUAUGUGCAGAUGGCUGACAUCGAGAAGAAGCAGCAGCUGUUGGUUCAGGAGCAGAUGAUAUGGCAACAAUAUGCAAGGGAUGGCAUGCAAGGCCAAGUUGGGCUGGCUAGGGUUGCUACAACAAAUCCAUCCUUGUACAUGCCUUACGGGAUGCCCCCUGCAAAUGGUCACGGUUAUGGGCCUUAUCCUUAUGCUACGGCACCUUAUUAGAAAGAAGCGUGUGUAUGAGAUUGUUGAUCGCCAACAACAGUAUGUCAUUGAUGGACAGCAGUUGGUAGAAUCAAAGUUUUGAUGAUCAAUAUCUUUCUUUUUUCGCUCUCACCGUCAUCACUACUUGCUCUUUGUUAAUAUCACUAUGGAAAUUGUUGGUGUUGAUGGUGUCUGGGAAAAACGAGAGGAAGGAAAGGAGGGGCGACUGGAGAGAAGGGACGUGGGUUGGUGGAGGGAACGAGGGAGUGUCCUUUCCGAUUAGAUCACUUUCUUGUGUUCUUGUUGGGAUAGUAGCGUCGAUUGGUGUAUCAUUGUUUUCAUUUCUCCCUUACAAUGUAAUAUUGGUUCCUGCUAACAGAUACAUCUUUGUAUCUAUCACCGAGGAUAUUUUCACUGUGUGAUAAUUGCUCGAGAGAGAAUUGAAGUGUUGGCGUAAAAACUCCACAAUUUCUUUGCA